AUGUCUCAUCCGGAAAGAAAAACUUUGAGCGAGCUGGAUUCCCGCAUUGCUGCCAUGGAAAGAAGACUGAACAAUGCAAAAGCAGCCAGGGAUUCCUUCGUGGACUUCUUGAAAUCAAAAUAUCCACUAUGGAGUACUUCAUUGGCGAGCAGAACAUCAUAUGCGUCAAAAGACACCAUUGUGAAUCGCUUAGCUACCUCUGACUACAUCUGGGAUGAAGAAUGGGACCGAAGGGCGAGGGUCCCGCGGCAGUCCACGCAACAACAACGCCUCUAUGAAGACGUCCCCAACGGGGGACCACUUUUACUGUCAGAUGUGGAUCGUGUAAGACGUCGACUAAAGGAAAUUGCACGUAAUUUGAGCGUUAUGAGAGAAACACGACUUAAUCUUACAACUGAGGAUUACUUCAGAAGUCUGGUAAACGUGGAAGCAGAAAGUCAACACGACCAUUCCACGAUGCUGGCAGUUCGGAAUCGUCUCAACAACAUCUCCUUGACAACAUUUGAACCAAUUGUUGCACCAAAUACUGAAAGGAUUGCUUUGAUGAAAUACGAAGAAGAACGCGAUAAGCGUUUUGCUGAGGUGAAAGCCGAACGACUCCUACAGACAUCAGUGGAGCCAGAGAAAACAGAUCCUCAAGCUACAUCUCUUGUUUCACAAACAGCGAUGGUCCCAGCAGUUUCGGUUCCCGAUGUGAAGAAGGAGAUAAGAGUGGGCUCGAGUGAAUCUCAAACUAAACAACCGCUCAUAUCUGAACCACUUGCUCAAGGAGGAAAGGUGAUUUCAAAAGGAGAGGAAAGAGCUGAAGUCGUAAAUCCUCCGCUAAAAGAGAUCAGCCCUCCCUCAGCUCCUUCAACUGUUGGACAAGCGGCUAGCGCUUACAAGAAAACGAUUGAUCUUUUUCCUCAACGUAACAACAGCGACACGGAUGACGACAUCGGUAUUCCUGGCGGCUUAACAUCGAUCCUUCAAAACCAACCAUUCAAACCAGCAACGGAACCAACUGUGCACCAGAGCAGUGUCGGCAUACUAUCUCAGUAUCUGGCAGCGGCAUCCACAAAAACAAAGGACACCACUCCGUCAGACAGCGAUGACGAUUUCUUCAAGUAA